AUCUUUUGUUUUCUUUUCUUUCAUAGUUAACCUCACAUUGAUUUGUCGGCUCUUUCUUGUUUCUCUCCUAACUCAGAACUGCAUAAACAAAUACCCAAUAGAUCAAACGCUCUGAUAUUGCAGUCCAAGAGAAAGAGAGAGAGACACCAUCAUGGGUUUGAUCAAAGCAGCCAUAGGAGAUGCAAUUUUAACUUCUAUGUGGGUAUUUAGCAUGCCAUUUCUGGGAAUUUUCUCCUCCACGAUAGCAGAAUUCAUAGGUGUUGAAGCCAAGUCAUUAGCGAGCCUUUUCAUUACAAUAAACCUAGCAACUUGUUUUGUGCUAACCUUCAGCUUGAUAGGAGCAGCUUUAGGUGGUGCUAGCUUCAAUCCCACCACAACUCUAUCAUUUUACGCUGCUGGGAUUAAACCUGAUGCGUCUCUCAUGUCCAUGGCCGUCCGAUUUCCUGCUCAGGCGGCUGGUGGGGUAGGUGGAGCCACGGCAAUCUUACAAGCUAUGCCUGGAAAAUACAAGCAUCUGCUUAAGGGUCCUUCUUUAAAGGUGGAUUUACAUACAGGAGCAGUUGCAGAAGGGGCUUUUACUUUUGUUUUUUGCCUUGCUUUGCUGCUUGUUAUGCUUAAGGGUCCCAAGAACUUGUUAUUGAAGGUGUGGAUGGUGGCUGUGGUUACUGUGGGAUUGGUUAUUUCUGGAAGGCGAUACACAGGACCUUCGUUGAAUCCUGCUAAUGCCUAUGGCUGGGCUUAUGUAAACAACUGGCAUAACACUUGGGAUUUGUUUUACGUUUAUUGGAUCUGCCCUUUUGUAGGAGCAAUUUUGGCUGCUUGGGUUUUUCGUUACCUGUUCAAGGCUCCCAUCAAGAAGGAUAAGCAAGCUUGAAAUAGAAGAUCUGCUGUGUGUUUUAGUGGUAUUUUCUGGUCUCUUCUAUAUUUGCUUAUAUUCUUCUGAUCUUGAUUCUCUGUGAUUUGGAAACUAGAAGCUACUAUGAAUCCCAAAUGAAGGAAUCAGGCUAUCUAUUAAUUCGAUGUCUGCAAAA